UGGAGGGGAUACGAACCAACCUGUGACGUUUCCGAGCCAGAUCUUACGAUACUGUCCGCGCCAAACGAAUGAGCCGUCCUCUUCGGAUCCAUUUUGUCAACUUUAAUUUCUCAUCUGUUCCUACGAUCCCGAUUACAAUUGAAUAAGAGAGCCAUCAAAAAUGCUUCCGACCUGCAUCAGAAAUAUCGGCGUGCAAACGUCAAAACGCAAUUUCGGGAGCUGGAACGAGGUGGUAUCCUUUUUCUUCAGUAAGAAAAACAAUUAUGCCACAGAGGCUUCAUUCGAAACGAAACCUUUCCGAUUACACAAACUGGACAGCGGACCCUCCAAUCAGGUGAAAAUUACGAGAGAAGAGGCUUUAGAAAUGUACAAGAAAUUACACACGAUCCGUCGUAUGGAAACAUCGGCAGGAAACCUUUACAAAGAGAAGAUUGUCAGAGGUUUCUGUCAUCUGUACUCUGGUCAAGAAGCUGUCGCAGUUGGUAUAAAAUCUGCUCUUAGAGAACAAGAUGCUGUGAUCACAGCUUACCGUGCUCAUGGAUGGACUCACUUAAUGGGAAUAGAACCAUUCGGUGUCCUAGCCGAAUUAACUGGUAGAAAAGGAGGCAAUGCAAAAGGUAAAGGUGGUUCCAUGCACAUGUACACCAAAAACUUUUAUGGUGGAAAUGGCAUUGUUGGUGCUCAAGUGCCGUUAGGAGUUGGAAUUGCCUUGGCUCAAAAGUACAUGAACACAGGUGGUGUAUGUGUUGCAUUGUAUGGCGAUGGUGCGGCCAAUCAAGGACAGGUAUUUGAGGUAUACAACAUGGCUAAAUUAUGGGAUGUUCCCUGCAUCUUUGUCUGUGAAAAUAACGGAUACGGUAUGGGUACUAGCGUCGACCGUGCUUCUGCUAGCACAGACUACUACACAAGAGGAGAUUACGUUCCUGGAAUUUGGGUGGAUGGUAUGGAUGUGUUAGCUGUCAGGGAAGCUACAAGGUUCGCCGUAAACCAUUGCACGUCCGGUAAAGGACCUAUUAUCAUGGAAACUGUAACCUACAGAUACAGUGGUCACAGUAUGUCUGAUCCUGGUACCAGCUACCGUACGAGAGAGGAAAUACAGGAAGUCAGACAAACUCGAGAUCCCAUUACUGGAUUCAAAGAACGCAUCUUGAAUGCUAAUCUUGUCACUCAAGAUGAAAUUAAAAAAAUGGAGAACGAAAUAAGGAAAAGAGUAGAUGAUGCUGUAAAAGCUGCCAAGGCUGACACUGAGAUUCCUUUAAGCGAGCUCACCACCGACAUUUACACUGCUUGUCUAGAGAAAGAAAUACGUAACAUAACUCCGUUCAACCCAUUGCCGCACGCAAGGCUAGGCCCCGCAGUCAACGCUUAAACGAAUUCCCGUGAAGAAGAUCUUGAGCGAAUUAAAUCGUAUUAAAUCUCGUUAUUGAAAGCAAUACCUGCCACCAUAAAAACGAAUAGUUUGUACAAAAAUGAAAAAAAGAUCUCCGGGGGGAUAACACCAAAACUUAGACGAAACAAACUAGCAGAUCCUCGGUGAAUUUCGUUUUCCACCUACGGUUCAGUUGUAUAUACACACACACACACACAAUAUAUAUAUUUAUUUUAUUUAUAGAUAUAUAAAAUAGUAGACCGUAAGAGGAAGCGAUUCAUCGUUUUUAAGUAGAUUGGUACAUAAUCAUAUAUUCACUGCCACAUUGUAUCCGGCAAGAUUAAGUGUAUAUACAUAAUACGCUUACAACUGUGAAUCGAGGAACAGUAAACUUACCGAACGACAAUUUGAAAGGACAAUA